AUGGACAACAUGACAGGUAGACAAUCUCCCCGACUGUUGCUCAUCAGCGGUCCUGCUGCUGCUAGGAAGUUUGUCGAGGAAGGAAUUAAGACUUUAGAAGAUCUAAGAAAAAAUGAGCACAAGCUGACCCACCACCAGCGAAUUGGGUUGAAAUAUUUUGAAGAUUUUGAGAAAAGAAUCCCAAGGGAAGAAAUGCUGCAAAUGCAGGAAAUUGUGCUGAAAGAGGUAAAGAAGCUGGACCCAAACUAUAUUGCUACAGUCUGUGGCAGUUUUAGACGAGGUGCAGAGUCAAGUGGUGAUAUGGAUGUUCUCCUAACCCAUCCGAGUUUCACAUCUGAAUCAUCCAAACAGUCAAAACUUCUGCAUCAAGUUGUAGAACAACUGGAAAAAGUCCACUUUGUCACAGAUGUGCUGUCUAAAGGUGACACCAAAUUCAUGGGUGUCUGUCAGCUGCCAAAUAAAGAAGAUGGAACAGCCUAUCCACAUAGGAGAAUUGAUAUCCGGCUUAUCCCCAAAGAUCAGUAUUACUGUGGUGUACUGUAUUUCACAGGAAGUGAUAUAUUCAAUAAGAACAUGAGAACUCAUGCUCUGGAAAUGGGCUUCACGAUCAAUGAGUAUACAAUCCGUCCCUUGGGUGUCACUGGAGUUGCUGGGGAGGCCCUACCAGUAGAAUGUGAAAAAGACAUCUUUGACUAUAUCCAGUGGAAAUACCGAGAGCCAAAGGAUCGGAGUGAAUAACUGCUUGUCUAGGUGCUCAAGUGUGAUCAUUGUGCUGCUUCUACUGACUAGUGUUUGACAAGACAAACUGAAGCCACAGUCACAGUGCUGAAAAAAUUCUGGAUGUUGAGCAGUGUCACUGAGAACUAACUGGCUUGCAGAUUUUGGUCUGGAAAUGAUGUGUGCAGUAAAGCCCAGAAGCACAGCCUGAGAUGCAAAGGCAGCUUUCUCCCUCUUGACCUAUGAUAAGCAGCACGUGAUCUGCCCUUCUGUCCUUUCUUCAGCCACUCUAUCUUGUCCACAGAUUCCUCCUAGCUGCUCUCCCUGUGACAAAUCAAUGUUCGACGUGCCCUGGCCGUGGAUUAGUGACCACCUUCUCCAGCCUCAUUCUGGUUUUCUCCUUUUAUUCAGCCCCAAAUGUCCUACUGAAAUGAUUUAAGAGAUCCAGAGGAAAUCCUAAGGUUUCCAUGUUUUCCCAUGUAAGGAACACAGAACAUUACACUGUCAUGCAUGCUGAAGUGUGGUUUCUUUUAGACAAGAGCCCUCCCUUGCCAGCUCUGAACAAAUUUAUAUUUCCUUUGUGGAUGUUUCCCUUAUCCAGAAACUAAUCCUUGUUUACUGUCUAAGCGUCUAUUACAGGUUUGACGAGGUAUGCAGAGAUUUUGUAAAUGUGUGGAAAUUCUUGAUGUACAUAAAAGCAUCAUUUUCUGCCUCCUCUGCACUAGCUCUGCUGCCAAGUUUGCUGUUUUAAAAGUGGUGUGCUUUUCUUUUACUAAAUAAUGUAUCUGCUAAUGUCUUCCCUAUUGAGUUUGUUCAACUGAAACUGGCUGCAAGAACUGCUGUUGUGGCUUUUAAAACCACAAGGAUGUGUGCCUGUAUAGAGAUUGUUCUUAUACAAUUGCCUCUGUCUCUGUUCUCUAUGUCUUUGAUUAGAGUGCAGUUGCAUAUUCUGGAGAAUUCCUUGGAAGUUCUCCAGAAUAGUUUUUCUAUGUAUCCAUUCCUCCAGUUGGCUAAGCAGGUGUGUGAGUGCUUGCAGUUCUUAUUUUAUGGGCUUAGCUCUUAGUGUAAUGGGCUUUAUGAGUGGUACAGCAAUGCAGAUGACCAUUCGCAAUUGUCAGGAGCUCCCAAGAGCUUUGUGUUGUCCAAUGACAGCGGUAGCAGAAAGUGUUUCGUUUCUUUCUUUUCAUCUAAGAACAUCACUAUGCACACUAACUAGAUUACUAUUAUAAGAAUUGUGCAGUUAUCCCGUUCCUCAUAACUGAGUCUAAAACAAAAGAAUGUUGUCAUUGCAUGUGACACAAUGUGGAGGUUAUGUUUGUAGACAUAGGCUUUUGCCAGGAUGGACCUUGCUAUUGUUUACAAAGUAAAGGAAACACCAGUACAGAACAGCACUGUGGGUGUACCUGAUGCUAACUUAGUGUCAGAGGAGGCAGCUGAGAGUGAAUAGCCACGUUUCAGAUAUGCUAUGAAAGGAAGAGGAGAAAUGACACUGAGUUUCCCUCGAGGGUAGAGAAAGGGAAUGAGAAUUCUAAUGAGAGAGUGUGCAGUCUUUGCAUAGUGUUGAUGCUUUGCUUUGUGGUGCAUUUGUCCUGGUACCUUGAGAGAAGAAUCAACCUAUCUUUCUUUUUCUCCUGAUAUUCUUAAACAUUCAGAGAUUUAUACUUGCAUAAAUUUUUAAAGACAGAAAGAUCCAUUCUUGAUGAAGGUCACA